GGCAAUAGUGAAGAGUUUGGCCUACUAUCGCUGGAGUUUGAUGAAAAUUUUUGCAUGGGCGGACCUGGUGUAAUAUUGAGUAGCGAGACCCUGCGCCGAGUUGCUCCGCACAUACCUACAUGCUUGAAGAAUCUGUAUAGCACACAUGAAGACGUGGAGGUGGGACGUUGCGUGCAAAAAUUUGCUGGCAUACCGUGUACCUGGAAUUAUGAGAUGCAAUAUAUUCUGAGACAUAACUCAAGCGGUCCAUACGCAUUCACUGGUAAAUUAAAACGUAAGGAAAUACACAAUGCUAUCUCUCUUCAUCCGAUCAAGCAAUCACCGCUGAUGUAUCGCCUGCAUUCCUUCGUACAGGGCCUUAAAGCAGAGGAAAUGCGGCAAGAGUCACUCGAGUUACAUCGAGAUAUUAAGCGUAUGGCUAGUUUUUUGGAAAUACCGAGCGAUAGCAAGUAUUUGGUACCCGGCAUUGAGUUAAUACCCGAAAAGACUAACAGCGAUCAGCACUACGAAGAUCAUAACAUUUUAGGCAUUGCUCCGGAUCUGAAGAAAUCCAGGCCUUCGUCAACAGCUGAUCUCCUCGAAUGGUCGUUCAUUGCUCGAAGUCUCUACUCCAGUGAAAAUGCGAACCCAAAGCACAAAAUCGAUUCGGCGUUGCGCGAGGGCCUCGAAGACGUUAUCACAGAAGUUAUGGAGAAUAUAAAUAAUUAUUCCCGACAAAGGGGUCGCGUUAUUGAAUUUCGGGAACUACUUUACGGCUACAAUCGACUGAAUCCUCUGCAUGGACAAGAUUUAAUACUCGAUCUCUUGUUGAUCUAUAAACGGUAUCGAGGCAAAAAGAUGACUGUACCAGUGCGUCGUCAUUUGUAUGUGCAACGCGCUUUCACUGGUACUUUUGUGAAGGAAUUCAACGAGGACUUCUACAACUACACGCUACAAACAAGUGGGUGAAAAAUAUUUGUGGAUCGAAUAAAUAUGUAUAUUUUAGAGUUAUGACAAGUAUAGUAUUUAUAAAAUAGUAAGUAUACUCUAUAAAUUGACGAAGCUAUGUUAAUAGCCUGGGCUCCAAAUCGUAACACAAACCGUUCACGGAUCGAAAAUCAUACGAAAGAAAAUUACGUGAUACGUCAGCCGUUCAAGCUGAAUGGGAUA